AUGGAUGCGAAUGAACUCAGUUCUCCUGAAUUGGGCAGUGCAAGAGGCACAAUUAGUUGUCACUCAUCCGAAAUCGACUUUAAUCGUACCAACAAUGGAGGCAGUGACAUGAAUCCUAUCUUGAAUAAUAAGUCAGAAGUGAAGAAUCGAAAUGCUGAAAAAGAAAAACGGAUAAGAGACAAAGCAGGGAACUGGAUGGGUGAUGGUGACACGUUAAAUUUUGAAGUCCCUAAGCGGGAUGAUGGGGUCAGUGACUUUACCAACUCAAAGGAGAAAGGUAAGUGUGGAGGGUUACAAAGUGACAUGAGCGAGCUUUAUGAUGAACUCGAAGACUCUACAUUCUGUGAGGACGAUCCUUUUCCCAUGACCAAAAGAAACCCACUGUAUCAAACGAAAGGAAAUGGAAGUGCUGUGUGCGAAGAAAGAGAGGAGGCGGAAUGCACGAAGGAGAUAAGAAAAACGAGGCCAGUUACUCCACGGUACAUAGAGCAGGAUGAGGAGAUUGGGACUGACACUUUUUAUGACUUAUACGAGGAAGUUGGUAUCGAAGAAGAGAAAGUCGUAACCAAUACAAGCUCCAUCACCCAAACGGAUUCGAGGCUCGAGACAAUUUUACGCCUUUUAAGAAGAUCAGCAAAGUGGUUGCCAUCCAUUCGUAGGAUGAAUAAUCGUAUCUUGAUUUGGAAAGCUUCCGCAUCUGGCAAGACCAGGAGAAACAAAGGCUCCGCUGUUAAGACGGCUAAAAAUAUGAAGACUUACACUCCUGAGAUUAUUCAUAAUGCCAUCCAACACAGAGAAGAUAUUACUAAGGUCGUGUCGCAAAAUGAAGUGAGUUAUGAAAGCGAAUGGAAUGCCGACGCAGAAUACGAAUAUGAUGAAAUGACAGAGUGUGAACAGCAGUCUACAGAAGGAUACCUCAAUGGAAUGGACCCCAACGGUAAUGCUGACUUAUAUGAUGACAUUGUUCCAAAGGAUAAUUCUCGGGCAAUACACUCCGCAGUCGAUGAACCACUAUCGAAAACCACCAACAGUAAAAACAAAUGUAUCGAAAAGAAAUGCAACAGUGUAAGAAGGUUAAAGAGUGCAGAAUCGCCGAAGCCAUUAAAUACGGAAACUGACUAUCGAAAGCAAAGUAGUGAAGCUGCGUGUGAUGGAAAACUCAGUGACGAGAACGAUGGUGAUGAAAUUUACACGAACGCGGAACUGUUUAAGGGAUUGUCCAACAAACUCAAAACCGCUGAUAGUCCACCUCCCGUCCCACCAAAAAUGUUCCAGACUACCCAACCCCAUGGCAGUAAGAGGGGAACUGAUGACAAAGCACAGGUGGCUCAAAUCUCAAAGAAAUGUCACAAUGAUAUCUUUAAUGCAUUUGGAAGAAGACAACUUUCACUAACUAGAACUAUAUUACCGACAAAGAAGCACAAUGUUCGGAGUAAAAGAAACCUCGGAAUGCUUAAAUUUUGGCCUGUGAGGCCUAAGCAUGAGAAGAAACCUGUCAACUCUGAGGAAGUAAAUAAAAUACAAACUAGUGCUGAAGGUCAUGUGGAGAGAUUGCCUGAUGGCAAAACUACUACUAGCUUUCCCUAUGAAGGAGAAGGCGAAUACGAGGAGUAUUGUUAUCCGGCUGAGUUAGUUGAGCCACAGCAACGAGAUAAAGCCAAACUUCCCUACAUUAAGCCGCAUUCAAGUAUGAAUGAACCCAGGACGUUGGAGAAAAGCAGCGACAUGCUUUCCAAUAUGGAAGUCUGCAUGACUGAAGACUUUUAUGAAGAUUCUGGAACAUCUCCAGAGCGAUUAUCUAUGCACUGCCAAGGAAAACUUAUGGAUAGGUGUGAAAAUGGUUUUAACUUGCAACCAAAGAGUGAAAAGAUGGCGCAGACACCGAAAAUGAAGCGCUAUGAAGACGUGCAAAAAAUAUCUGAUCGUCGGCUACCUGCUCCACCGAUUCCAGUGGGUGAUGGGGCGGUGAAAGCUACAACGAAGGUAGCAACACCAACGAGUUCACUGGUUAUUGUAGGUAAUCAGAGUUGUCUGCAAAUAAAAGAGGAAAGGGGAAAGGAACAAGUAUCAGAAGGCCAACCAAGAACUACUCCUCAAACCGGCAAAACAACAAGUUUAAAUAGUCAAGUUGCAAAAAGUGAAACCCCACCUCCUCGUGGUGAUAUUGUGGGGCUGUUAACACUACAAUCAAAUGUUAGAGCAAAAGCAGACAACGAGGCUGGUUAUCUAAAAUCGACACCACAACCAAAGAUAGUCCCCACGAUUCCACCUCGACCUCAUUACAUUCCACAAUCUCUCCUUCUUAAACUUGCCAUUUCAAAUGCGGUUGAGGUGCAUAAACGUUCAUCAACUCCUAAAGAAAUUGAACAGUUAAUCACUCAAACACAGGAGCAAACGAAUGGUGUAUCAAUAGAAACAGGGAAGCCUAAUGCAAAGUCACCUACGACAGUGAGAAACCAGGACCCAAUCAGCAGUGAGGAGAUAAAUUCAACCAAGGUUGAGGCACGCAAACGUCUACCGACACCCAAGGAAAAUGAACAGCUAAGUAACCGAAGACAAGAGCAAACGAACAGUGACCCCAUGGAAAUAAAGAAACUAAAUGCAAAUCCAUCCACUACAAUGGAAAAUCAGGAUUCAGUCUGCGAUAAUGGAACUGCCCUGGCGCUGGAGUGUGAAAACGAUCUCUACAUGCAACUGGAAGAUUGCUGCACCUAG